CAUGAAGGAACGAAUGAGGGAAUGAUUGAUAGGGAGUGCGUCUUGGCACUUGUCACUUUUGUUUCGCCGUUGGUUCUUUAUUUCUUUUUGCACAAAGUUAAAUAUUUCCCCAUCACGUAUUUUGUUUUUGUGUUCUUGUCUUACUUACAAUUUUACAUAAUGGUAACUACGCAUAAAUGAAUGCGUCACACUUUUACUCUUGGACAGUGGAAGAAACAUCACUAGAGGACAACUCAACCUGGCCAUUGGACAUUUUCGACAACGAGACAGCAGAUGCAAAUGCAACAGCGGCCGCGGGCAAUGGUGGUUCAUCGAGUUCAUCAGCAGCGAGUUCGACCACGACGACGACGACGACGACGAUAACGACACGACCCACGACCUCGACCCCCUCCACCACCACCGAACUAGACGAGAGCUACCAGGCAUCUGCCGACUACCACUGGGGCAGCCUGAACGGGAACGCCGAGGUGUACCCGGCGCGGAGUCGGUUUCGGCUCGGCGGCGGACCCUUCGGCUUCAAAACGUCCGUCAAACUGCCUGGCGGCAUGUGUUUGCUGCACAACGACUUCGCAUUUGAGGACGACUCCUGCGUACAGAAUCCUCAGAACUGCUCCGAAGGGCUGUCCUUCAGCCUGUGGCACAAGGCCAGCUACGACGAGACACUCAUGUACAGCGAGCGCUACAUACCCCGACAGGCUCUCAUCAGUACAGCGCUGUGUCGUCCCGGGACACCCGCGGAUCGGAGGACGGCGACCUGCACCUGCAGCGCUGCAGGCUGGCCUCAAGCCAGAAGGCCUUUACUUACCGAGCGGCGGUCGCCUGGAAUGGUCUGCCGCGCGCCGCCCGCGACGCGCCGACCUACCGUGCUUUCAAACUGGCAGCGGCGACCUGCAGGGCACGCCCGGCCUGCUGGUCUACCUGCAGAACCACGUUCUCGGGGUGGUGGUGUCCACCGGUAGCCUCUACUGGCGUGCCUCUGUCAGUGGCCUGCUGGUCAACCACGCCUGGAACAGCAUCGGCGUCCGUUGGCAGGCGCCGGGCUCCGCUGACGAGCAGACGGUGAGGGGCCUCCAGCUGUUCAUCAACCAGCAGCGUGUAGCGGCCAUGGUGAACGGCCUGCCCGCCUCGCCCCGGCCGCCGGUGGAGCCCGUCCAACUGAUGGUGGGGUGUCACCGUACCAGCACUCGCAGCAUUUACUCCGAGUUCUGCGCCGAUUGCGAGCUGGACGAGGUGGCCAUCUGGAGACGGGCGCUGCCGGAUCACCAGCUGUCCCUCUUCAAUGGAGGACAUAAGGAGGCACGUGCCCUGUCCGCGCACGAGUUCAGCUCGAUCGUCGGUCAGGUGAACCUGCGCGACCUGGAGCAGCAGCAGCAGGCGGUUCAGGUGCUGAUCGGAGUCCUCAGCAAGACCGACAAAGAAUCAGAAGCUGGCGGCGGCUCGGAGGACGAAACGGACAUGGAGGAGCUGAGUGACAUCAUGGAGACCAUGACCGACCUGAAGACGCUCAAACGGUCACAGACGGCCGACGAGCUCGACAAGCUGGCUAACAUCGUUGAAGUACAAGAUUUCCUUCUACGCCCAGAAAAGAAAGAUAAGUGGGAGACGCUUGAGAAGAAAGCAAGGAAGGCAAAGAAAGAAGAAAAGAAGCCAAAAGACGCGGCCGGCGUGGUGCGGGGCCUGGAGGACUGGGUCAUGGCUUCGGUCUCCCGAGUCCCUCUCAGAAGCGACAACGACACGGUGCUCGUCAACAAGAAGACCGACAACAUCCAGAUGACCAUGAAGAAGAUGAAGCUGGGACACUUCAAGGAGGCUGAGCUGGCUUCCUUCCCGGAGGGAGACGAAGACAAAGACGGCUCCGUUGAAUUGCCCACAACUGUGUUCAACAAGGAAGGAUGCGAUGACACGCCAAUCAACAUUGUGUUUGGCAAAUACGACACCCUGGGAGACGUGGCGCCGAGACGUGUCGCCGAAAGCGACGAAAUGACGAGCCGCGAAGCCGAGCUGGUGAACAUAGACAGCGCGGUGCUCUCGCUACGAGUCUCGGUCGGUGACAGCGAGGGACGCCAGGAGAGAGAUGAUGACACCGAGACGGACGUCAGCAGCUGUUUGCCCACCAGCGAGCAGCUCCGUGCGGCGCCCGUCAAGACGCAGCUCACACACAAGACGCAGACACCGGCUCUGCGCAAGACGCUGUUCCACACGGAGCCAAAGUCCGAUAUCCUGCGGCGCCUGUGUGUCUGGUGGAACCCGGAGCUCUCAGACGGCGCCGGAGGCUGGGACCCGACCGGGUGCGAGGCAACUGACCAGUCCACAGAGCUGGUCACCAUCUGCGCCUGCGAGAACUUCGGACAGUACGCCGUCAUGACGGAAAAGGUCGAGCCAAAGCGGAUCCCCGAGGAGGCGGAGGCUGCCAGGUUCAUCAAGUACUUUCUCUACGCCAUCUCCGGGAUUCUUCUGCUUCUCUUCAUUCUCGUCGUCACCUGUCGACCCCGUGUGGGCGACAUGUUCCACCGCAUGCGGCAGCACACGGCGCUGGCGCUGGUGGCGCUGGCGCUCUGUACCUGCCUCUCGGACCUGGAGGCGGUGCGCCGCGACCGGCACAGCUGCGCCGCCAUCGGCGUCUGCACGCAGUUCUUCCAUCUCGUGACCGCCGUGAUGCUGGCCUGCGAGGGGUACGCCAACUUCCGCGCCGUCAUUGAGGGCACCGUCGGCGGCAAGCUCGGCACCUACAUCUGUCUCGCCUGGGGUCUGCCCAGUAUGGUGGUCGGCUACACACUGGUCUCGUCCAUGGACCAGCUCGGUGACGACCCGCGCUGCGUGCUCGGCUGGUCGGCCUCGCUGAAGGCGCGCGCGCUGCUGGGCCCGCUGGUACUGGCCGACGCGGCUGCUCUGCUGGCCGCCGCCGUGGCUGCCUGUAACUCGGGCCACGCGCGUGUGCGGGUCGACCUGCGUGCCGAGGUGCGCUCCCUGAGCCGCGGUCACGUGGUGUUCACGGUGCUGCAGACGGUGGGACACACGCUGGCGCUGGUCUGCUAUGUGGUUCUGGCAGGGGACGACUCGGAGGGGGCAGCGGUGGCCUACAGUCUGUUCCAGACUUACGCCGCUCUUCAGGGCGUGUUCUUCUUCUUCAUAAUGGGCUACAUGUCGAUGAGGUUCAAGAGAGCCCUGCCCUGCUCCGGACGUCGUGAGCAGCUCAAGGACGAAGAGCAGUGAAACCGCGACUAGUGCGAGGAGCAGUGAAUGAGGAACAGUGAACACCAGUUCCAUCCUCACCAGGCGGCGACGGCGAUACAGCUCUGCAAAGUGACGUCGACCGCGACCUAAGCUCUAAUUGCUUGUUAUUUUGACUCAGGCCCGGCUCAGGCUUCGGCUUCGACACUUUAGUUGCCAGAUUUACUUCGGCCGAUGCAUUAGCAGCGCAUUUUACAUAGUACAUGUGAAAACUCAUUAUUUAGUGGAACCGGUCCAAUUCCAGUCAUAAUUUACCUUGUUUACGGCUUUCUUGAGUAAAUUGUCAGAUUUGUCACUAGCUGGUUAACGACAAAAAUAAGUAAGUAAUACAUACAAGCGUUUGUGAGGCUCAUUUGUUGCUUUACUUAUUUGUUGUAUUGCUUCAACUACAGACUAUGUUUUAACACAAACUCAAAAAAGUGAGAAGCAAUUUACCAUCGGUUUCAUCUCAACAUCCACCUAUGUCAUACGGGACAAUCAUUCGAUUAGUGGCAGUCAUAUUGCAUCGCUUAGACACCUUAUGCAGUUUUCUGUGAGUUUAGUUUACAGAUAGGCGAUUAGAUGAGCGCCCAAUAGUACGGUUUGAACUUUGAACGCAGCCAACCCUGCCAGCUGUAAUGCAUCAAGGUUAUCCGCUUUGGUAAAGUCGAAAAAAUAUGGCAUCGGUUUUUGCAACGUUUAUCUAAGUGCAUUCCAUUUGACUACUGCACUUAUAUAGCAGCCUCAAUAUUUAUUUUUAGGCAUAUUUUCGAUUGCCACACUGCGUUGUUUUGUUGCAUCAAUGUCGAUCCUAAUACAUUAUUGUGCAGUUUUUUUGUUGUUAUUUGUACAAAUAUUUGGAUAUGGAAUGUUAUCAUGAACCGAAUGCAAAGUAAACAAAAAACGAAACUAUGUAAAUACAUUAUGCUGCGCCGUU